UCCCGGCGCAUCUACCGUAAUCUACAGUAGGGCUUCCGACUUCUCCCUAUAGCAGCCGUAUAUUACUGGCACCGAUCCAGCUUUUAAUCCCCUUCUCUUCCCCUUCCACAGGCCUUACCGUGGAACCGUCUCCUUCCCCAUAGUACUCAAGGACCCCGUAUAUCCUUAGUACCCCGUCAAUCCCCUAGGACACGCCCACCAUGUCGUACUCAUGGAUCGGCCCUCCGACCCAAUUCAAUGGCACCGAUGAUAUCACUGGUGGUGAUUCUCUCACCGAGAACCUUAACCAAUGGUACGCCGCGGGUGACCAGGCCUACAUUCUCGUGGCCUCGGCCAUGGUGUUGAUCAUGAUUCCUGGUCUCGCAUUCCUCUACUCCGGUCUUGCUCGAAGAAAGUCCGCCCUCUCCCUUAUUUGGGCUUGCAUGUUCUCCGCGUCCGUCAUUACUUUCCAAUGGUACUUUUGGGGAUACUCGCUCGCCUUCGGCCCCUCGACAAACGGUUUCAUCGGAAACCUUGACAAGUUCGGUCUUAAGGGUGUCCUUGGUGCUCCUAGCCCAGGUAGUCCUCUGAUUCCUGAGCUGCUGUACUCUUUCUACCAGAUGCAAUUCUGCGCUGUCACUGCUGCCAUUGUCGUCGGUUGCGUUGCUGAGCGCGGUCGCUUGAUCCCUAUGAUGGUUUUUAUCUGGUUCUGGGCCACGAUCGUAUACUGCCCCGUCGCAUACUGGGCUUGGAACUCGAACGGCUGGUUCUUCGUAUGGGGUGGACUUGAUUACGCUGGUGGUGGUCCCGUCGAGAUCGUUUCCGGUUGCUCAGCUUUGGCCUACUCCAUGAUCCUCGGACGUCGCCAGGAGAAGAUGAUGCUCAACUUCCGCCCUCACAACGUCUCCCUGAUCACCCUUGGCACUGUCUUCCUAUGGUUCGGUUGGUUGGGCUUCAACGGUGGUUCCGCUUUCGGUGCCAACCUUCGCGCUGUCAUGGCGUGCUGGAACAGCAACCUUACCGCCAUGUUCGCCGCCAUGACUUGGGUUCUCCUCGAUUGGCGCCUAGCUCGCAAGUGGUCCAUGGUUGGAUGGUGCUCAGGUGUCAUCUCUGGACUUGUCGCUGCCACUCCCGCUUCUGGUUUCAUUCCUCCAUGGGCUAGCGUUGUUCUCGGUAUCACUACUGGUAUUGUUGCUAACUUUGCUACCAAGAUCAAGUUCUGGAUCAAGAUCGACGAUUCUCUCGAUGUGUUCGCUGAGCACGGUGUCGCUGGAAUGUGGGGCCUUUUCUUCAACGGCAUCUUCGGUGCCGACUACAUCAUCGGUCUUGACGGUGUCAACAACGGACUUGCCGCUGGUGCCAUCACCGGUGAGGGAGCCGCAGUCUACAAGCAGAUUGCUUACAUCGUCGCCGUCACCGCCUACUCCUUCGUCGUCUCCGCCAUCCUCGCUUUCGUUAUCGACAAGAUCCCGGGCCUAAAGCUUCGCGCAUCUGAGGAGGCUGAGCUCCUCGGUAUGGACGACGACCAGCUCGGUGAAUUCGCCUACGAUUACGUCGAGGUCCGCCGUGACUACCUCGCCUGGACACCCGCCAAGGGCGAGCCAAUCGACGGCGAGCACUCUGUACCCCAAGGCGAGCGUCACGGUAUUCCCCAGCACAGCCAGAUGCUUGAGGGCAAGGCACCUUCGGAACACAGCUCAGGCCACGAGCACACCGGCAUUGCAGGCGACAGGCAUGCUAUGGCCAUGGGCUCUGAGCACGAGAAGCAGGUUCAAACCUAAGCUUUUGUUGCAUUGCAGAUUUGGAUUUGUUGCUUGCGACCUUUUUGAGUCAAAACUGUUUCGAGAUACCACUUGCGCUCCCGUCUUUGAGCUGUGCUUUUUGACAUAUACUUUAGACCUUCGACUAGUUUUUCUUUACCCAUGUAUUGUACAUAAUUCGAGAAUGGAUACACUGAACACCAUACUACGUCAACAUAUUCACUUGCUUAUUCCAAAUCCCUACAAGAC